GCGCGGCCCCGGCGCUGGACGUGCAGCAGUCGGAGCCCAGGAGGCCAGCGGCGUCCUUGCUCUCCCGCGGUGCUGCGCGCUGCGGUUCCAAGUUUUCAGAUUCAGCAUUGCAGGAGCAGCUCAUUGCCACUGUGCCACAGAAACUCGGGUUUUGUUUUGUUUUGUUUUGUUUUGUUUUUGUUUUUGGUGGUGGGGGAUUUCCUAUGUUGCCCAGGCUGGACUUGAACUCAGGGUCCUCCUGCCUCAGCCUCCUGGUGAACUGGAAUUACAGGUGAAGAGAUGGCAUUUGUGAAGAGUGGAUGGCUGCUGCGACAGAGUACUAUUUUGAAGCGCUGGAAGAAGAAUUGGUUUGACCUGUGGUCAGAUGGUCACCUGAUCUAUUACGAUGACCAGACUCGGCAGAGUGUUGAGGAUAAAGUCCUCAUGCCUGUGGACUGUAUCAACAUCCGUAUGGGGCAUGAGUGUCGGGAUAUUCAGCCUCCUGAUGGGAAAUCAAAAGACUGUAUGCUGCAGAUUGUUUGCCGAGACGGGAAAACUAUCAGUCUUUGUGCGGAAAGCACAGAUGAUUGUUUGGCCUGGAAAUUUGCACUCCAGGAUUCCAGGACAAACACGGCUUACGUGGGCUCCGCAAUAGUGCCUGACGAGAUGGCUGUGGCUUCCUCUCCUCCUCCAUAUACAGCAUAUGCUGCACCUGUCCCAGAGCAGGCGUAUGGCUAUGGUCCUUAUGGUGGCGCAUACCCACCAGGAACUCAAGUUGUCUAUGCUCCGAAUGGACAGGCAUAUGCUGUACCCUACCAGUACCCGUAUGCAGGACUUUAUGGACAGCAGCCUGCCAACCAAGUCAUCAUUCGUGAGCGGUAUCGAGACAGCGACAGUGAUCUGGCACUGGGCAUGCUGGCUGGAGCAGCCACGGGCAUGGCUUUAGGAUCUCUGUUCUGGGUCUUCUAGAAUCCCCCAGGUUUUGAUGUGCAUAGCUUCUGAUAACCCUGUGUGCAAUAAUGUGAUUUGCAGGGCAUUUCUGUUUGUGACAAAUGUUUUUAAUAAUAGUUUCAAUAGUUCUUUUGAAAGUAGUGGCAUCAUAAUUGUGACUAAUCACAUAAGAACCACAGAGGAGAGUAAACUAUGCUGUUCAGCUAAAACACGUCUCUAUAAUGGCACUAGCUUGUUCUGAGAUUUUCCUUAUUUUACCAUAUCUGUCUUGAAAGGCAUUUUCUUUUAGAAUUAGGUGUGGUACUUCAGGGAUAAUUUAUUUUCAGUUUAUGCCAGUAAUAUAGUGAUGUAUGAGUAAGUGAGUGAGUGUGGCAAGAAAAACUGCAGCUUCUUUUGGUUUAACUUCAAACCUUCCAACCUCAGACCAGAGCUGGCUGCAUGUUACUUCAUGAGUUGUGGGCUGGAAGGAUGCCAAGCUCCUGAGGCAGUGGUAUGCCAGCCCCACGCCCCACCUUCUGGGAUUCCCCUGGCCCCUAGACUGACUGCUCAGGAUGAAAGGGGAUGUCCCCCAAAAACAAUGCUUCAGAAGUCUGCCUAAUUCUCUUGUUAUUCAUGUUUGUUUGUAGCAAUAUUUGGAAUAUAUCUCAAAUUAGGAUUCGACGAGUCUCCAUGUUUAGGGGCUUUAAUUCUUUAAAACUUGAAGACGACAGAACAAAAACAAAUGCAUGGAGGUAGAGUUCCUUUAUUCAGAGACAGUAUUUUUAGUAUCUGCUUUGGCUAUUCUAUUGCUGCCUAAGCAGACAUGUAUAGCCUAUUUUUCUACUUGCUGAAAAAGUGGUAUUAAAGAAUGGUGAGGGUAGUGAGAGGAAGGCCAGAGUUGGAGAGUUGAUUUCCAGGCCUCCUUGGGACCAUACUGUAUGGAAGAUGCUCUUUCCUGUCCCUCUGAAGGCAUGUCCUGUGCUGGAGUAAGGCCUGGGACUUGAGGGACCAGCUCAGGGCACCAUUCAGCCUGGCCAGGACCCCAGGCUUGUUUUCCUUCCUGAACCACAAGUGAUAGAGAAGCCGAAAUCAUUUCCGUUUGAGCUCCUAAAUGUGAAAAGUUUUGGAAAACCCACAGUCUGCUUUUCUUUCACAUUUUCAUACUUCCAGUAUUUUGAAACGCUCUUUUGAAGUAUUUCUGUCAUUUCAUGCUUUAAAGCUCCUGAUUAUUCUAGUUUUCUGUCCUGCAUGCUUUAAACUGUGUGUUUAGGGGCAGUUUAGCACAGGGAAGGUCCGACCCCACAUUCAACGCUCCACAUGGUCCUGUUUUCCCUGAAAUGCACUCCAUGUUGCACCCAUUCUGUUUUCGUUUUGCUGGCUGAUAUAUACGUUCUCUCUUGCUAUUCUGAUCAUCUGGCUCCAUUUCUGAGAUAGACUUUUAAAUAGGUCUCCAUGUGAAACCAGAUGCCAAAUUAACUUCACAGGGAACUCAGGUCUGUUUUCUGGCUAGUCUUAGGGGGCUCAUUGACAUGGGAGUGUCUAUUUCCAGCUUAAAGGAAGUGUACUUACGUCAUCUCUGGAUAUGUGUAAUGUAUGACAUCACUGAUGUAGAUGGUUAAAAAUGUUGAUUUUAGGAUUUUGUAUGUCAAUGUCUUUGUUCAGAUUAUAAUCAUUAUUGAAACUGUAUGCUUUACUUACAAAAUAUUAAAAAUAGUUUUUAAUGUUG